AUGACUGGAUGUGCUUGGGCACUUGUUGUCGUCACGUUCCCGUUUUCUCUGUUCGUCUGUUUCAAAGUAGUUCAGGAGUACGAACGAGCCGUAAUAUUUCGCCUAGGACGUCUGGUGUCGGGUGGGGCGAAAGGGCCAGGUAUAUUCUUCAUUUUGCCCUGCAUCGACAACUAUGCUCGUGUCGACUUGAGAACACGCACGUACGACGUGCCGCCACAAGAGGUGUUGACCAAAGACAGCGUGACAGUGUCCGUGGACGCCGUGGUCUAUUAUCGGGUGUGCAACGCUACGAUAUCGGUAGCCAAUGUGGCCAACGCUCACCAAUCUACUAGGUUAUUGGCUCAAACCACAUUGAGAAAUGUCUUGGGCACCAGGCCGUUGCAUGAAAUUCUCAGCGACCGAGACGCCAUAUCCAAGACUAUGCAAGUGUCGUUGGACGAAGCCACCGAGUCGUGGGGCAUCAAAGUGGAACGGGUGGAAAUUAAGGACGUGAGGUUGCCAGUUCAGUUGCAGAGGGCAAUGGCGGCGGAAGCUGAGGCGGCCCGAGAAGCUCGAGCAAAGGUCAUCGCGGCCGAAGGUGAACAAAAAGCAUCUCGAGCCCUCCGCGAAGCUUCAGAAGUUAUAAGCGACUCUCCGGCUGCCCUACAACUCCGAUACCUACAGACAUUAAACACAAUAUCAGCUGAGAAGAAUUCUACAAUCGUAUUUCCGCUGCCAAUCGAUAUUAUUUCAUUUUUUACGAGACCAAGAGAACCACGAGAAUCGCGAGAACACCGAGAAACACGAGAACAUCGUGAACAAACGAAACCAGAUCUGCCAAAUCUAAGCAGUUAA